AGCUGCUCUGUAUUCAGGCUGUUACUGUGGUGCUAUUCUGUCUCCAAGAUGGCUGAUGUGGAAGAUGGGAAGUGAAAACAAUUAGUUUAGCUAGCGAAACGACUCUCGGGCGCUGCCUGAAUCAUCGGAAAACGUCUUAUUUUUUCUUAUUGAAGGUGCAGAGGAAGUGAGCCGUCGCCAUGGACACCACCACGUCCAUCAAGAUGACCACCAUGGCCAUCCAGAACCUCUUCAGCUACGUGGAGGAGGAGAACCUGGCCGCGCUCAAGGCCCACCUCGACAAGUUCAAGGAGGUGGACGGACGCAGCGACAAUGGCCAGACUCCUCUGAUGUUGGCUGCGGAGCAGGGCAGUCUGGAGAUCAUUCAGGAGCUCAUCAGAAGAGGAGCCAACGUCAACCUGGACGAUGUGGACUGCUGGUCUGCGUUGAUCUGCGCAGCUAAGGAGGGCCAUGUGGACGUGGUAAAGGAGCUGCUGGAGAGCAGCGCGUACAUCGAGCACCGAGACAUGGGUGGCUGGACUGCGCUCAUGUGGGCAGCCUACAAAGGUCGCGUGGAGGUCACUAAGAUCCUGCUGGAGGAGGGAGCCAACCCCAACACUACAGGACACCAAUACAGCGUGUACCCCAUCAUCUGGGCGGCGGGGCGUGGCCACGCGGACAUCGUACACCUGCUCAUGAAGCACGGGGCAAAGGUCAACUGCUCCGACAAGUACGGCACCACUCCUCUGAUCUGGGCGUCCAGGAAGGGCCACUACGACUGCGUCAUGCACCUGCUGGAGAACGGCGCCGACGUCGACCAGGAGGGGGCGAACUCGAUGACGGCGUUGAUCGUGGGGGUGAAGGGGGGCUACACGGAGGUGGUGAAAGAGCUGCUGAAGAGGAACCCCAACGUCAACAUGACCGACAAGGACGGCAACACCGCGCUCAUGAUCGCCGCCAAGGAGGGCUACACCGAGAUCGUCCAGGACCUGCUCGACGCCGGCACCUAUGUCAACAUACCGGACAGGAGUGGUGAUACGGUGCUGAUCGGUGCUGUGAGAGGAGGGCAUGUGGAGAUCGUGAGGGCCCUGCUGCACAAAUACGCUGACAUCGACAUCAGGGGACAGGACAGCAAGACUGCCCUCUACUGGGCUGUAGAGAAGGGCAAUGCCACCAUGGUGCGGGACAUUCUGCAGUGUAACCCGGAUACAGAGACCACCACCAAGGAUGGCGAGACCCCUCUGAUCAAGGCCACCAAGAUGAGGAAUAUCGACAUCGUAGAGCUGCUGUUGGAUAAGGGGGCCAAGGUGUCUGCAGUGGACAAGAAAGGAGACACCCCGCUCCACAUCGCCAUCCGUGGGCGGAGCCGGCGCCUGGCCGAGCUGUUGCUUAGAAACCCUAAAGAUGGCCGCCUGCUGUACCGGCCCAACAAGGCGGGCGAGACGCCCUACAACAUUGACUGCAGCCACCAGAAGAGCAUCCUCACGCAGAUCUUCGGGGCCCGUCACCUGUCCCCUACUGAGACGGAUGGGGACAUGUUGGGCUACGACCUGUACAGCAGUGCUCUGGCCGACAUCCUGAGCGAGCCCACCAUGCAGCCGCCCAUCUGUGUGGGCCUCUACGCCCAGUGGGGCAGCGGCAAGUCCUUCCUGCUCAAGAAACUGGAGGAUGAGAUGAAGACCUUUGCUGGCCAGCAGGUGGAGCCCUUGUUCCAGUUCUCGUGGCUGGUGGUGGUGUUGUCUCUGCUCUUCUGCGGGGCCACUGCCAUGGUGAUGGGCUUCACCGUGGACCCCAAGCUGGCCGUGGCCGUCUCCCUCAGCCUCCUCGCGCUGCUCUACGUCUUCUUCGUGGUGGUGUACUUCGGCAGCCGUCGCGAGGGCGAGAGCUGGAGCUGGGCCUGGGUGAUCAGCACGCGGCUGGCGCGCCACAUUGGCUACCUGGAGCUCAUCCUGAAACUCAUGUUCGUCAACCCCCCCGAGCUGCCCGAGCAGACCACCCGCGCACUGCCCGUCAGGUUCCUGUUCACGGACUACAACCGGCUGUCCAGCGUGGGUGGAGAGACGUCCAUGGCUGAGAUGAUCGCCACGCUGUCGGACGCCUGCGAGAGGGAGUUUGGCUUCCUGGCCACCCGCCUCUUCCGCGUCUUCAAGACCGAGGACACCCAGGCCAAGAAGACAUGGAAGAAGACGUGCUGCGUGCCCUCCUUCCUCAUCUUCCUCUUCCUCCUCGGUUGCCUGGUGACGGGCAUGACCCUGCUGGCCGUCUUUAAGGUGGAGGGCCACAACCAGACGGCGUCGGCGGUGAUGGUGGGCAUGGCGAGCGUGGUGGGCCUGGCGCUACUCCUCAACGUGCGGACCUGGUGGCAGGUGGCCGACUCCCUGCUCAACUCGCAACGCAAACGCCUGCACAGCGCGGCCAACCGCAUGCACAAGCUCAAGAGCGAAGGAUUCAUGAAGGUGCUGAAGAAUGAGGUGGAGCUGAUGGCGCGGAUGGCCAAGACCAUCGACAGCUUCACCCAGAACCAGACGCGCCUGGUGGUCAUCAUCGACGGCCUGGACUCUUGCGAACAGGACAAGGUCCUGCAGAUGCUCGACACGGUGAGGGUGCUGUUCUCCAAGGGCCCCUUCAUCUCCGUCUUUGCCAGCGACCCGCACAUCAUCAUCAAGGCCAUCAACCAGAACCUGAACAGCGUGCUGCGCGACUCCAACAUCAACGGCCACGACUACAUGCGCAACAUCGUGCACCUGCCCGUCUUCCUCAACAGCCGCGGCCUCAGCAGCGCCAAGAAGAUGUGCGUGGCGACCGCGCCCGCCAACGGCGACGCCACCAACGCCGACGGAUGGCAUGAGGAGCUGGACAGGAAGCUCUCCCAACACAGCCUGGGUGAACUGACCAAGUUUGGCAGCAAGACCACGCUCAAUCGCAGGGACACCUACCGUCGGCGUCAGAUGCAGAGGAGCGUGACGCGGCAGAUGAGCUUCGACCUGACCAAGCUGCUGGUCACCGAGGACUGGUUUAGUGACAUCAGCCCCCAGACCAUGAAGAGGCUACUCAACAUCGUCUCUGUCACGGGUCGUCUACUGCGAGCCAAUCAGAUCAUGUUUAACUGGGACCGGCUGGCGUCGUGGAUCAACCUGACGGAGCAGUGGCCCUAUCGGACCUCGUGGCUCAUCCUGUUCCUGGAGGAGACCGAGGGCAUACCGGACCAGGCCACGCUCAAGACCAUAUACGAGAGGAUCUCCAAGAACAUCCCCACCACCAAAGACGUGGAGCCCCUGCUGGAGAUCGAUGGGGAUGCGCGCAGCUUCGAGGUCUUCCUGUCGUCACGGACACCAGUGCUGGGCGCACGCGACAUCAAGACCUUCCUACCCUGCACCAUCAACUUGGACCCCAAACUCCGCGAGAUCAUCGCAGACGUGCGUGCGGCGCGCGAGCAGUUGAAUCUGGGAGGCGCGGUGCCGUACCCGCCAGUUCCCCUGCCUCUCCAGGAGGGGGCGCCGCCGCUGCGGCCGGUCUCCGUGUACAGCCAGCAGUCCUCCGUGCUGUCCCCCACCGCCUCCUUCACCGGGCCCUUCGGCGCGCCUCCUCCUCCCGGCACCUCCCCUCAGCCACAUAGCAGCUACUACAGCGGCAUGGCCGGACCACAGCACCCCUUUUACAAUCGGCCAUACUUCCCCCACCACAUGUACCAGUUGCCUGGUCACUACCCGGGAGGUGGGGGCACAGGCAGCCCCCUCUUCCCACCCCUCCAUGCCCACCACCACCACCACCACCUCGCCCACGCCCAGCCUCCUCCUCACCAGCCGCGGCCAUUCAUAAAGCCCUCUGCCCGCCCCAGGGACCCCGCCGCCGGGCCAGGGCACCCCCCAUAUAGCAGGGUACCAUCUUUGAAAAAGAAGCAGGGCUCUGCCUCGGUGGUGUCGGGCACUCCGGGCAUCCUGCUGAGCUCCAUGAACACGGACGCGGUGUGUGAGCGCAUCAAGGCCAUGGAGGGCAUCGACCAGACCAUGCUGACACAGUACACCGCCACCGUCAAGAAGGCCAAUGUGAAUGGGCGGGUGUUGUCCCAGUGCAACCUGGAUGAGCUGAAGAAGGAGAUGAACAUGAACUUUGGAGACUGGCAGCUCUUCAGGGGGAUGGUGAUGGACCAACGUGUUUUGGAGAGCCAGGUGCUUCAGGAAGAGGUCUGCAGUGAGCAGGGCAGUGUGGUGGCGGGAGGACACCCUGACCCGGUGACCCGCCGCGCCAACGCCCCCCCGCACGCUGGCCACGGGGCCCCCCACGGACACGGGGGCCAUGACAUGUACAGCUUCAACAUCAGCUUUGAGGAGCUCAGCAACUUGGGCCUGGACGAGCCCCCACCGCGCAUGGUCAACCCGCCAUGGAGCGCCGCCAUGCCUCCUCACCGCACCGCCAGCAUGUCCAGCCUCAACUCCCAGGAGUCCUCCAACGACAUCUGCAAGCUGACGGACAAGCAGCAGGCAGAGUACCGCAACGCCUACCAGGAGUACAUCGCCCAGAUGGCCGGCUUCGAGAGGCAGGACGACAAGACGGGCGCCGCGCCCACCGCCCCCGUAGCGCCGCCCCACCCCAGCCAGUUCGCCCACUCCGACGACAAGACGAAGGACAAGGACGGCAAGUUCGGCAAGCGUGGUGGUGGUGGUGGUGGAGGUGGAGGUGGAGGUAGCGGCGGUGGUGGUAGUGGAGGAAGUAGCGGAGGUGGAGGAAGUAGCGGAGGUGGAGGAGGCGGUAAAGGAGCGUCCGACGCGGCCGACUAUAACGGAGCGGACGGGGCGGCGCUGGACCCCAUCACGGAGGAGGACGAGAAGCUGGACCCGCUGGGCUCGGCCCGCAGCCUGCUGGGUCGCAAGGGCUCGCAGGAGAGGAGCGAUCGCGGCAGUGUUAGCGGCGGACUGUUCCAGGGGGCGGCGGCCGACCUGAAGAUGAAGGCGGGCGGCCUGGGAUACCAGAAGCUCACCGGCAGCGACGGCGACGACGACGACGACGACGAGUCGGAGGAUAGCUCGGACCAGGGACCGAGCACCAAGACCGGGUCAACAUCGGUGCCGUCGUCCGGCAGAGCAACAGCCUCGUCGUCCGGUUCUGCCGCCGGAGACCCGAAGGCCGACAAGGCGGGGGACGCGCUGCUGCUGACGGAUAGCAUGCUGGACAAGAAGGACUCGUCGGACUCGGGCGUGCGCUCCAACGAGAGCUCGCCCAACCACUCACUGCAGGACGAGGAGGCCGACCUGUCCCUGUCGCAGCAGGAGCGGCCCAACCUGAUCGAGCUGGAGGCCUGCAGCGGGGAGGAGGGCGGAGCCGGCGUCACGGCGCGCAAACGCAGCGGCAGCGGCCGGGGAACCAGCGCAGCAGCAGGAGGAGGAGGAGGUGGAGGAGGAGGAAUACCCAGCAGCCUCAGCGGGCUGCAGGACCCGACGGUGGUGCGCAUGUCCAUCUGCUCCGUGCAGUCGGACCAGUGCAGCCUAUUGGCCAGCAGCCCCGAGGAGAGCUGGCCCGCCCCCGCCCCCGCCUCGCGCAACCUCAACCUGAACCGCACGCCCAGCAGCACCACCCUCAACAACAACGCCAACGCCCAGCGCAUAGGAGGCGGUGGAGGAGGGAGGUCGGCCGGGGAGAACGCACCGUCCUCGGGCAGCGAGGCCAUCAUCAAGUCCCCCGACACCACCACCACCACCAACACCAACUCCACCACCACCACCACCAACACCUCGUCCUGCUCCUCCGCCAGCUCGGCGCUGCAGAACGAGAACGUGCGCGUGGUGCACCUGAAGAGGGGUCUGAACCCCGGCGACCCGCCCGAGAUCACCACGGUGACCGUCUCCGGGGACACCGUCACCUUCGGGGAGGAGCGCGAGAGCAUUCUGUGAGCGUCACGAGCCGACCAAUCGCUCACCCAAUCACUCCCACUGCCACCAAUACAGAAUGUGGGGUUACACUUGACUUGACGCCGGCCUCAUAGCAAUGACGACAUGACAGUGUCAUAACGAUGUCAUAUUCAAUUGUAACGCAGUCAUAUACUGCCCUACAAAGGCAAAGAGCAGUAACUACGCCAACACUGAUGCUGAGAAAAAUACCUUCAAAGCCUUGAUAUUAGGUUAGAUAUUCUAGUUACUGCAAAUUUUCAUAACAGUAUCUCUAAAACGGGACACAUUUGGACAAUAAGACUUUGUCAUAAGAUACAAGAGGUGUAAUAUAGACCACUUUUAAGUCUAAACUUAAUUUUGGCAAAAUAUUUAGUUACUGCACUUUGCGUUUGUAGGGCAGUAUACUUGUCUUAAACUUAAAGUACAUGUUAAACAGUUUACGACUGUUGCCAUUAAGUAACUUUCGGUUAUGGUAAAGACAACCCUAACAAUGUCAACUUAUCAUGAUCACAAUCACAUUUAUGACUUAAUGUUUAUGACUCGUCAAUGACUGCUUUGACACUAUUAUGACACUGUUAUGUCAUGUGUGUGAUGCCAGCGUCAAGUCAAGUGUCAUCGAAUAUUGUCCCUACCCCCCUCCACAACUCUACAGCUGGCUCACGCAGAGGUGAUCAUCGGCACAUCAGAUCAAAGCGACCAAGCGAUAGUCCCAUGAGCUAAACCCACAUUGAAGAGGUCUUUUCCAAAACGCUAUAUCCACCAUUUUUUACUUUUUGCAUUUUAAUAUUGGAAUUGACUGUUAAGAAGUCCUAUGUGAAUUCUUGUCAUUCAAAUGUUUUGAGAACAUACUUUUAAAACCUCUAUAAAAUGCAUUUUGCAAUGCAAUUCAAUGGAAUGCCCAGUACAAAAAGUCAGUUUCCCAACAUAUAUAAAUAAAAUGGAUAUAUCUCGUUUUGGAAAAGAGCUCUCCUAUCAUCGACCACACGUACAGUACAACCGACCAUCCCCACUGCCACCACCCGUCAAGUACUUUCCCCCCUGGAUAACCCAUCAGCUCCCCCCCCCCAUCGCAAACCAUGCAAAUCAGCCACGUACCCACCCUAAGAACCGUGUCCAAAAAGUUUGUAUCACAACUAGCAGGUUAAAAUUUGACAAUGUUGAAAAAUGAUCAACGUUGGCCUAAUGAGCUUCUUUUGGACAUUCCCAUGGCUGACAGAUAUUGCAUAGCCCCCAAACUCACUCACUCACUCACUCAGUGGUGAAUAUUGUCAAACAAAGGGACAGUCCUGUGAGCUAAGAAGGCCAUCGAAUAUCGGCACACCAAGCGAUAGUCCCAUGAGCGAAAAAAAACCCCGGCAUUGAACAAGGACAGAUAACCACAUGAGUCGAAAACACCGCCUCAAACACCCACCCACCAACCCAAUCCCAAACUGAGUGACCACUAGCACCAAAAGCGAUGAAUAUCGUCAGAGAAGGCCGAUCAAAUGGUGAACAAGCGAUAGCCAAUCCACCUGCAUCACCCUCAGACCAAAUAAUGUUGCUCACCUGCGGAGAGGUGAAGGAGUGUCAUCUAUACCCAACCCUACCGGAUAUCCCAAAACAUCCGUGUACCUCCUCCCACCCCUCCCCCAACCAAAUUGUUGUGCUGUGGUGCAUGAUGGCAGUCUAGUGUUAGUAGUUGGCUGUAAUACCCUGUGCAGUUGCUGUAGUAUGUCUUAAAGGGGUAUGCCACUAUUUUGAGGCUUAAUACAGUUUAAAUCGUUGGCCGGGGUUUAUUAAG